AUGGCUGAUAGACUUUCUUUAGAUCAUAUAGAUAUACUUCAAACUCUAGGGACAGGGACAUAUGGAAGGGUUCGCUUAGCCUACAUGAGAGACAGAAAUCAAUUUAUCGCAUUAAAGAUAUUGAAAAAACUCGAAAUAAUUCGCCAUAAGCAAGUUGACCAUGUAAUCUCUGAGCAUUCAAUUUUGCAAAUGAUUAAUCAUCCAUUUUUAGUCAAUUUAUUAGGAUUCACUCAAGAUAAUCGCUAUCUUUACUUUGCCCUUGAAUAUGUUCCUGGAGGCGAACUAUUCAGCUACCUCCGAAAUUUAGGCAAAAUUGAUAACGUGCAAACACGAUUCUAUGCAGCACAGAUGACCUUAAUGUUUGAAUAUUUACACUCCUUAAAUAUAGUGUAUAGAGACUUAAAACCAGAAAAUCUCCUUAUUGCACCAGAUGGUUAUUUAAAACUUACUGAUUUUGGGUUUUCCAAAGUAGUGGAAGGACGCACAUACACUCUUUGUGGAACCCCUGAGUACUUUGCUCCUGAAAUUUUGCUUAAUAAAGGACACGGAAAGCCAGUUGAUUGAUGGACAUUAGGGAUAAUUAUUUAUGAAAUGCUAGCUGGGAUAGAUCCUUUUAAUGAUGAAGACCCAAUGGUUGUUUAUCAAAAAAUAUUAAAAGGCAAAAUAAAAUUUCCAAGAGGAUUUGAUAAAGGCGCCAAAAGUCUAGUGAAACAUUUGUUGGUUGCAGAUUUGACGAAAAGAUAUGGAAAUAUGAGAGGAGGAGUCAAUGAUAUUAAAAAUCAUAAAUGGUUUGCAUCUAUUGAUUGAUAUAAGCUGAGACAAAGAGAAAUUGAAAUGCCGUAUAGACCCUUUGUGCAUUCUCCAGAUGAUACCUCGAAUUUUUCAAAUUAUCCUGAUUCAGCGACCCAAACAAGUUCUAUAAGUCCAAGAGAUGAUCCUUUCCUGGAAUGGUAA